GCCACGGCCGGGGCAGCGAAGAAGGACAGCAAGGAAGCAUACCACACGGCUUUCCUGGCGGCCAUCAGCGAGUACAACAACUACGGGGCUGCCAAAACAAGCUCGAAGUAUCAGAUUGACAGUGGCACAGCCAAUGCGAUGUUUGGCUUGAAAGUAGAGAUCGUGACCUUGUUGGGCACCGUUCAUGAGCACAUGGUUAAGGCUGUCGAUGCGUCCGGGAAUAGCCUUUUCUCCAAAGAGGUGCUGGAGGAUGUGAAUCGCAGAAUCUUGGAGGGGGACUAUCACGAGGAAGCCGGCACACACCUGGAAGCCAUCUGCCAGGCGUUCAAGCCGAACCACAUGGCAAUGUGGGCAGACAAUCUCCCAAGCCUACGUUCCGACUCCGCAAUGGGCGAUGCCGAGAACGCCCUCAACCAGAUGUCCGCCGAAACGCAACGAUUGACUUGGGAACAGGAUACUCUCAAGCUAGCCUCUGACGUUGCGAUGAUUGGCAAGAUGUACAGCAGUUUCCAGAAGAGUGAACGAACACGGAAUUCCUUGGGAGCUACACUUGUCGAGAACACGAUGGACAGGUGGUGCAAGCACGUCACUGGGACGGAGGACUUAAACACCAUUGCCACCCAGAUCAAGAAUAUCCUGAGCCGCAGACCCCUCGCGAGCAUGGCAGUGGUUAUGGCGCCGCGAAUCGAGGAGAAGCUGGAGGCAAAGGAUCUGACCUCGGAGAUGAUCAUCGUGAGGAUGGAGAAUCCACCCAGCUCGAAGGCGGUGCCAAUGAACCUGCCAGGAUGGCUUGUUUAUGAUGAUGCCGGAGUGGACGACAACGAGUUUGCUUCGUGCCGCUUGAGAAUGGACAGGGGGACCAGGGAGCCCAUACCCUGGACGCCUCAACGCCUCUACGUUGUGCCGAAUGAGCGAAGGAUGGCGGCGCAACUCCUGGCAGGAGGUGAAUUCCCUGUGUCUGUGAUGAGCGCCUGCCUCACCGGCGCGAACCAGGCCCUUUUGCCAGCAGUCAAAGCCAGCCGCUUGGUCAGGGUGAUCAACAUCACCCCUUACGACGGGCAUUUCGAAAAGGCAAUGCUCCGCUAUCAUCUGGGGGAAGACGAGCGUCCUCGCAUUUCCUGCUUAUCAGUCGGGCAAGACCCUGCCAUCAUGCAGUACUCCCAAUCGGUGCUCGCCCUGUCGCUCAUGGAGGACUGGAAGAAUGAUCACAAGAUGCUCCACUCGGAGCCCGGCUACAAGAAGUACGAGAAAAACCCAGUGGAACCCACAACGGACUUCGACCUCAGAGACUUCCCCUUGAAGAUGGUGACCUGCACCCUGGACAACAGCAAGCGAAGCUUGGAGAAGCUUCGACUUGCCCUGCCUACGGAGAUUCGGACGAAAUACGCCGCAGAUCCCUUGCGAAGCCAGGAAUGGUUGGAACUCGUGGCGGCUUUCGAUUCGCAGUUUGGCACCAACACGCCUGCCGCGACCGAAGCCUCGGCUGCGCCAGCUGCUGCUGGGACCUCGAAGCCAGGAUGGUCCAGUGAGCCAACGACUCUGGAUGCCCUUUGCUCUACCUACGACAUCGAGUUCAAAAUCGCAUCAAGAACACCUGGGGCAUCCCUGUUCAUUGUCAAAGCCACUGAUCGAGGCGGGAAUCUCUCGGAGGUCGAGGAGGGCCAGGACAUGAAGAUGUUCCUUGUAGCCACAGCCGCAGCUUCACCAACGACGGCCAGACCAUCGCCGCUGCCAAUGCAAUCAGAAGAUAGGACCGACCCAAUGCAGAGGGAGAAGCGAUCUGAGCUGGCACAGAGCUUGGCUGUUGCCAUGAAGCAGACCAAAGAAAAGCUCAAGAAGGACGGUGGUGACAGCAAGGCAAAAGACAAGCUCAAGAAGGACAGUGGUGACAGCAAGGCAAAGGCCACAGGUCUGAGUGCAGCUCAGAGCUGGGCAAAGGCGAAAAACGAGGGCAAGAAUGACGCGAAGAAGAAGGGCCCGAAAAGCAAGAAGGCCAAAAAGGCCAAGGCAGAGUCAGAGGAGCACCACAUCGAGGGGGAGGGCGAGGAGGAGGAGGACCUAGACGAGGUGGACGCCCUUGGCGAGGGCUUGUUGGACAGUGACGAAGACAUCAACAAAGAUGAGAAGAAGGAGGCAAAGAAGAAGGCCAAAGCCAAGGAAACGGCCAAGGAUGAGAAGGACACAGAGGAGACAGACGACAAGAAACCCGAGCCCAGCGAGGGCGAUGAAGCCACGGAGCCGGAGCCAACUGGCAAGCUAGGUGCGAAUAUGCUCAGCGAGUAUCACAAGGCUAUCCAUGCUGCUACGGCUCGCCUAACAGCAGAGCACCCGGACAAGAACAUCAAGGAGAUUAGGAAGCUUGCUCGUGAGGAGCACCCGGGCGACGUGGCAAACAUGCUCAAAUGCGCAUGGCACGACGACUCAGAUCGUGUGGUGAUGGAAGUGAAUGUGAACGCUCGAGCAAGCGACUCCGAGCCCUGUUCAUUGAGACAAAUGCUUCUCGAGCUCGAAGAAGCUGGCCUCGUGGAUUCCAGUUUGAACGGUGACGACCGCUUCGAGAUCACACCCAAGGCCUCACCGCUCUAUUAUCAGUACACGAUGGUGGCAAGGACGGCGAUUGGAGGUCAGAAGUACACGAGUGUGGCCUCUGCCUUCCCAAGCAAGGUGCUCCUGGCGUCCCGGGCUUUGCACAUGCUCUGGCGCGUCAGCAUGGCGCCUGAGCGAAACGAUGCUGGGAUCGAAGGCAAGCCACUCUACUUCCUGGACCAGGACAUGGAGCUAGCAGCCGACCGGGCCUGCAUCCACCUGGUCUGUUGUGAGUUGACCAUAGCCUUCCCAAACUCGAUCGCUCACGAUUCUGGCAAAUCGCUUACCGAUGGGAGUGCUGACACCCGCGGGACAAACGAUGCUCGUGCCCUUCUGAUAGCUGCUGAUGCGGGCCUUGAAGACUUGGCGGUCACUCAGUACCCAGACCACGGGUACAAGCUUAAUGCUCACAGCCGCAGGGCCUUGAAGACUUGGCGGCCCCAGCAUCCGAAAGAGUUCAAGGCACUGUCUCAGCCUUGGUGUGCAAAGCAGGGGUUGGAGGGUGUGGCGCUCUACCCGGCGAUCUCCUUCGAAGGUCGUGCAGCUUUCGUCUUCCAGGAGCUCUGCCAUCCCCCACCAGACGAUCAGAAGUUCCUUCCGUGGCCGCGGACACAUCGCGGAAAGUUUCGAGUUGACUGCCCGAGAAUUGGCAACUCCGAUGUCCUCGGGAUGUACAAGGAGUUUCAGAUUCACGGGGAAGUUUGCUUGAAGAAGCAUGUCCAACGGCUAGUAGCGACCAACAAGUACAGAGAAGCUGCCAAGUACGAGCGCUCUCGCAACAUCGAGAUGACCAAGGCUGGUGCCCAGGACGGCACGUACGUCAAAGCCGGAGCUUACAACGAUGCUCCCCUCUACCACUGCCCAUCCACCGGCUGGAUAUUCUUUGACCGGCCGCGCAACCGGUGGCUCAUCAAGGCAGAGACGGGAGGGAACCCCAAGGUGGUCGUCGGCAUGCUGGUCACCACUCAGCGUACACCGGGCGGCACUCAGGCCGGCGUCGUCGCGAAAAUCAUGAAGGAUGACCAAGUUGAGAUCACCUGGGCCGAUGGCAAUCAGGUCGAUCAGGUGAAGUCCACAGACGACCUGUAUCCGGUGUCACAGGCCCGGCAUUUCAAUGAUGACGGCACCUUCAAACUCCAAGCGAUGGCUGACCCCUUCUUGAAGGACACAGCGCCACCCUCCUCAGGUUGGCUGGCCGCACCAGAAGCCUCCGGAUAUGUCGAGCAAGAAGCUUUCGAUCUUGGUAUGAAGAACUUAGGCGUGGAGGAGUCCCAGGCAACUGCACUGGCAAGCGUGCUGCGGAGUCAGACUUUGAAAGGUGAGACGGUGAUUAUGCGCAGGCCCGGUCCGGACAAGAGCUUCGACGAGGAGUGGGCGAAGCUGUCGCGGAAGGAGGAUGCCUCAACAGCCUGGAAGGCCCUGGCUCUCGCUGCACAGAGUUGCUUCUUCGAGAAACGCGGUGUGCCGAAGGAAGCUCAAAUCAUCCAGACUGAGCAUCCCUAUCCCGCCGUCUCGCACAACUGGAAGAAGGAAAUCCAGAUGCCCGGCGAGAAAGGCAUGACGGUCGUCUUCUCGCAGAAGUGCCUGACCUUCGACAGCUGCGCGAGCUUGCGCGUCAAGUCAGGUGGGAUACCAAAGUCCACGAUGGGCCCCGGGCUGCGCGUGGAGGUCGAUGGCCUGGAUGGAACUCGAAAAUUUGGCGCCAUUUGCGAGGCUUUCGUGGAGGAGCGAGGUGGACGCAUGAUCAAGCUCGACUCUGACGAGGAGGAGACAGCCAAGCAGGAUGCUCCACCGACCCCGAAAGACAUCUUUGCUUUCGUGGUGGACGAAAAGGAGUCCCUGAGGAUCGAGUACGAUUUCAACGAGUUUGGCAACCCCGGCAAGGAGAUCAAAGGUUUGGUUCUGGAUCCAUCACGACCGCACCUUCCUGUGGCUCUAUCGGGCUUCAGCGAGUCCGGCCCGGCCCAGGCCGCAGGCGUGAAGGAGUGGUGGCGAUUGGAUAUCGUUCAAACGCUGCUGGGAGACUCCCAGUAUGCCUUCGAAGCAAUUCAAGGCGAAGACCUGGGCAAAGCCCCACAAGACGCUGAAGAUAUCAUGCAGAACCUGAACGGCUGCUUUCGUCGACUUCAGGCAGCUUUAACCCACAAGUUCGACGAGGAGUCCGACUAUCAGUCGCUGACAUUCUACUUCGUCAACGGCCUUGAGUACAAGCUUGUGCCAGAAGCCCACAUCACCUUCGAAGGCCGGAAAGUGUCAGACGAGAUCAAGUCCUUCGACGAUGAGGGCGGAACUUUGAUGAACCCGAAAGUGAAAGAGUUCAGUCGCCAAGACGGGCCCCUGUUUGCAGCGGGCGUCCGUCCAGGAUGGAUUCUCUCCCUGGAGGAUACUUUCUCCGAUGACAACCCGGACAAGAAGCCUGAUCUCUCCAAGGAAGACGUGCAGAGUGAUCCUUCGAAGGUUCUUGACCUCGAGAAUGUCACGCUCGUCUUCGAGUGUGAGGAUGCUGAGCCCAUUGAGCGCGGCCAGUUCUAUGGGGAGGGUUCGUACCAGUACCAGAGCCUGGAGUUGGAAGAGAACAUCUGCACGGUGUCUUGGGAGACGGAUGGUGAUGGUGGUGGCUCGCCGGAGCGUCGCUGGGGCAUCCUGGCGCUGAUUGUGCCAUCCGAUUCCGAGCCGAAGGUCGAGGGCCCUGCAAGGUGGCGAUUCGAGCAAACUUACGACUCCGUGCGGAUCCUCUCCGCGAUCGAGCCUGCCUUCAAGUACGUCGUCCUCUGGGAAGAGGAUUACACUUUCGAGCAGUCGCAGGACGAGGGCUUCGCCGACUUUGAGAAAGCGAAGGAGAAGUACGACUGGGCGGUAAGCCAGGGGUACUCUUGCAUCUUGGUGGAAGGGCACUUCAAAGAGAAAGAACAAUCUGGAGGACACCAACUGUACUGGAAGACGCGCUGGGAAGAGAAUUACCAGAAGGUGGCUGGACAGAAGUUGGAUCCAGACGUCGAAGAUACAGUGAACGUCGACGAGGAGGUUAAGGGAGAAGACGGGGAAGUCCUGUACAUCAAGCUUUCAGAUGGUCGUGGCUAUGUCGGGGUUUUCGAUGGCAUGCAAGAGAGGAUCCUCAAAAAGUGUCAGCCCUGGGACCUGGUCAUCGCAGAAGCCUCGGAGGCGCUGAUUCGGGCAGAAGGCAUCGGCGAUGCGACACCGCUCGCCUCGCGGGAAGGCUGGGAUGAGGCGCGGCUGAGGGCACUCUGUGCUCGUCAUGGUUGGGAGUUUGAGUGGAUGAGCGAGGACGGUGAGCGACGUCGUCGUGGCGCAGAGCGCCAGAGCAUGAUGCCGCUGCCCGCGGUCACCAUGAAGGCGGACACGCAGUGCCCCGAUGGAUUUCAGCCGACCGCGGCCACGCAGGAGAUCUCUGACAAAGCGGUUGGCACUGCUACCUUCAAGUGGUUUCAAUUCACCGAUGAGUUGGAGCUGAUCUUUCAGGUCUUCAUGGCUGUGGAAGGCAUCCUUUGGGCAUUGGGCGGUGGGAUCUAA